CUAGUCGUGAAAGUGUUAAUUGGCAACUCGCGUUCUGUAAUAUGUCAGGUUGGUUUUUAAUGAGUGUGAUCAAAGACUCGCUCGUAGGGUAAGGGAGUCACAGGAUGGUACACGACCGCCCAAACAUUUAUUUCACACCUCUCUCCUUUAACAGAUGCAAGCGCUAAGUUUCUUUUUCCAAUUUUUACUUUUCAAAAAUUAAACAGAACAAUAUUUGUGAAUAAUUUGAGAAAUGUAAUAUGAUGAUGUAAUGAAUAAAAAAAAAAAACUUGAAAAUUCGAUCCAAAACUGACGUAGCUUCAUCGCUAAUUUUAAAAUGUCCACAAAAUUUGCUUGCCAUAUCUUUAUUUCAUUACUCAUUCCUUAUUUAAAAAGAUUUACUUUGCGUUUGAUGAAUUAAGACAGCCUUUUGUUUUAACACCUGUCCUGUACAUUAACUUUUUAGUAAUUGAAAAAUAUAUUGGAGGCUUACCGGCUGAUUGGGAUUAUUUCUCAAAUUGUUUCAUCUUUGACACGGCAGGAAAGAAAUCAAAAUUAUCUUUCAACUGCAAUCACUGAUCGAGAAGAAAAAAAAGACUUUCGUUGAACUGAGCCACGAUGGUAAAUGAUAGGACGCAAAAUAUUUUGUCGGGGGUUUUCUUCCUUUUAAUGAUCUUAAAUUUGAUUCCAAACUUGCUAGUAGUACUUGCUUUGAUUCGCUCGAAGUUCAAGACUUCAAUCAACUACCUUUUCCUCAACUUAGCACUGGCCGACAUUCUGGUGGCAACAUCUCUGAUCCCUCAAUAUGUGCUUCGUCCUGUAUAUACCCACCCUGAUGGAUGGGCUGGAACCUUGCUUUGUAAGCUGUUUACUGGGGGGUUCACUAUGUGGGUUGGAGGGUGUACUGCUACUGUCAUGCAUGUUGUGAUCGCCAUCGAACGCUUCUAUGCCACUCGAACUGGCAACAUUGCACGAAAAUUAUCAAAGAGAAAACUAAUAAUGGUUAUUGUAUGUGGUUGGAUUUUUGCCAUUCUUUCCGAGAUUCCUCCAAUGACCGUAAUGAUUUAUGACAAAAAUCAUUCAUCAUGCUUUGAAAACUGGUCUAAACUUGUAUAUGGCAAGAUUUACACCGUCUUUACCUUCGUUGUGGACUUUUCAGUUCCUCUUGUACUGAUGGCUGUUCUAUACGCCAAGACUCUGAAAACUCUUUGGGGCCCAUCUAUAAUUUCGGGCACUUCAUUAGUCGUAAUCAAAUCACGCAAGCGAAUCACGAAAAUUGCAGUAACAGUGACGGUGCUUCACGCAUUGUGUUGGCUUCCUGAUGUGACUUCAUACUUGCUUGCCUAUCACGUUCCUGGCUUGGUGGAAUAUGGGUCCAUUAUUUACCACGCCUGUGUGAUACCUGUUGGUUUAAGCUCGUGUUUGAAUCCGAUCAUUUACACUCUUCAAAGUCAAAGAUUCAGGCAGGAGUUGCGAAUGUAUAUUUGCUGCUGGUUACCGACGAAUAAAGUAUCAAUUGCUGACUAUACCGUUGAGAGAAAAAUUUCACAACCCUGAGAAAUGCGAUUGGGCGAGUUUUUUCCCCACGUUCUUGUUCGUUAACGAGUUUGCUUCAAUAUUUACAAAUUUAGCCAUACCUGAAGUGAU